AUGGACCAAAACAUGAACAUGAUCGUUGCCAGAAGAAUGGCCUCUGUAGCCAACCAUCUCAUGCCUGCUCACCAAAUUAGUCCUAGCCAUCCUGCCUUGCUUGGUGCUAUAGCUCCGUCUAAUUGCAGUUCUCCACUGGAUGACAGCUACCGCAGGACUCACGGUGAAGUCCCUAGCCAUCCACCAGUUUGGAAAACUGUGUCCUUGGAUGAAUCUGUCAAGGAGUUUGCGGAUAUUAUAUACGAAAAAGCUGCUGGAGAGGGUAUUGCUAAGAUAACAAUCAACCGACCAGAGAGAAGAAAUGCUUUCAGACCUCAGACGGUCAAGGAACUCAUGCGGGCAUUUAAUGAUGCUAGGGAUGAUAUUUCUGUAGGAGUGAUCAUCUUCACUGGGAAGGGCACUGAGGCAUUUUGCAGUGGUGGUGAUCAAUCCUUUAGAGGUAAAAAUGGCUAUGCAGAUUAUGACAAUUUUGGUCGGCUCAAUGUUUUGGAUUUACAGGUCCAGAUUAGACGUCUGCCAAAACCAGUGAUUGCAAUGGUUGCUGGUUAUGCUGUUGGGGGAGGACACGUGCUGCAUAUGGUCUGUGAUCUAACAAUUGCAGCCAAUAAUGCUGUUUUUGGUCAGACGGGUCCAAAGGUUGGAAGCUUUGACGCUGGUUAUGGAGCCUCCAUAAUGUCUCGCUUGAUUGGCCCAAAACGAGCGCGUGAAAUGUGGUAUCUGUCAAAGUUCUACACAGCUUCAGAAGCAGAGAAAAUGGGGCUUGUAAACAUGGUCGUCCCACUGGAGAAUUUGGAACAAGAAACAGUCAAAUGGUGCAGAGAGAUGCUAAGAAACAGUCCAACUGCUAUUCGGUUAUGCAAAUCAGCCAUCAAUGCGGCUGAUGAUGGCCAUGCUGGACUUCAGGCACUUGCAGGAGAUGCAACACUCAUGUUUUAUGGAACUGAGGAAGGCAAUGAGGGGAGAUCGUCAUAUUUGCAGCACAAAAAACCGGAUUUCUCGAAAUUUCCUAGGCUUCCUUGA